AUGCCAAGCAGAAACCCGUUCGACAAGGUCCGCCAGCCCGCCAGCCCCCUCCCCCAUCUCUUUCCGCCCACCCCCCCGCCCCUGCCCCUGCAGCGCGCGCAGGCGCGAGCGGCGGUGUCGACGGCGUCGGAGCAGGCGGCCUCUGCGGGGACUCCGCUGCGGCCGCUGCGAGUGAUGAUCUCGGGCGCGCCCGCGUCGGGCAAGGGCACGCAGUGCGAACUCAUCGUGCACAAGGUGGGGCUCCGCGCUCAGGGGAACGAGUGCGUUAUUUCACAGGAACGAGUGCGUUAUUUCUCGCUGCCGUCCACCUUCUUCCCUUCCUUCCAUCCACCCGCCCUUUCACCCCCCCGCGCACCUCUGUAUGACUCCACACGCCCUCGUCUCUCCCUCGCCCCGUUCUCCCGUGUGCGUCCUCCUGCACCCUUCCCCCCUGCCCCCCUGCCCCUUUUCCUCAUGCCUGCCCCCUUUCCCCCCUGCCCCCUGCCCCCGUGCCCUCUCUUGGACCCCCUGUCACCCCUCCCCGCCUCCCCGUGCAUGCUGGUGCGCGCGAGCAGUACGGUUUGA